AUGGCCUCUCUUGCGCCGGAACUAGAGAAGGCCUCCAUCUCGACCGAAUUGUCUUCCGCAAAUGAUGCUGCUGUGGAGCAGAAAGUGACGCCCUGGGAUGUCGAGGGUGGCUACGUGGAUGGCAAACAGGUAUCAAUUGACUAUGAUAAGCUCAUUAAGGACUUUGGCACAAAACGUAUUGAUGACGCGUUGCUAAAGCGCUUUGAGACUUUAACUGGUCAUCGCCCGCACCCACUACUUCGCCGCGGCAGCUUUUUCAGUCACAGGGAGCUGGAUAUGAUUCUUACCCGUUAUGAGCAACAGAAGCCCUUUUACCUGUAUACGGGACGUGGUCCAAGCUCAGCAUCUAUGCACCUGGGUCAUUUAAUUCCUUUCUUGUUCACCAAGUGGCUCCAAGAUGUCUUUGACGUACCCUUAGUGAUCCAGUUGACUGAUGACGAAAAGUUCCUAUUCAAAUAUGACCUAAAAAUUGAUCAGGUGCAAAAAUUUGCAUUUGAAAACGCUCGCGACAUCAUUGCGUGCGGUUUCAAGCUCGAAAAGACGUUUAUUUUCUCAGAUCUCAACUAUGUGGGCGGACCCUUUUAUCAUAACGUGGUUCGUAUUGCUCGCUACAUCACUGUAAACCAGGCUAAAGGCACGUUUGGUUUCAAUGAUAGUGACAGUGUGGGAAAGAUGCAUUUUGUGUCGAUUCAGGCUGCGCCGUCUUUUAGUAACUCGUUUCCCCAAAUCUUUGGCUCGCGUUCAGAUGUGCCUUGUCUGAUUCCGUGCGCAAUUGAUCAGGACCCCUACUUCCGUCAGACCCGUGAUGUGGCCGUGCGUCUCAAGUAUCCCAAGCCAAGCCUGAUCCACUCCAAAUUUUUCCCGGCUCUCCAAGGCGCUCAGACAAAAAUGAGUGCUUCGAAGGAAACGUCAAGCAUCUUCAUGCACGACACGCCAAACCAGAUCAAGAACAAGAUUAACAAGUAUGCGAUCUCAGGUGGUCAGGAAACGCUGGAAGAGCAGCGCCGUCUGGGCGGUAACCCUGAUGUCGAUGUGAGUUUCCAGUAUCUCACGUUCUUCGUUGAUGAUGAUGAUGAAAUCGAAAAGAUCGCGGUCGACUACCGCGCUGGUCGUUUGUUGACUGGCGAACUCAAAAAGCGCUGCAUCCAAGAAUUGCAACGCGUCGUUGGUGAGUUUCAGGAACGCAAGUCUAAAGUGACGGACGAAAUGAUCCUUCAGUUCAUGGAUGGCACACGAAAGAUUGACUCUACACCACCCGUACCGCACAGCGCAGCUAGCUCGGAACCUGCGCCCGCUGAAUGCACGCCUUCGGCUUCGUAG